AUGGAUCCGUUUUCGCCGGCACAUCAACCCGAUGAGGGCUAUUCCGAGGACCCCCUGAAUCCUACUGUUCACCAUGGUCUGCCGGCCAGUUUAGCGACAUUGCGGUCCCCGGCAGAGCUGCCAUCGUGGCUGGCAAGCAAUGCUUCGGCGCUGCCAGUGUCUGUCAAGAAGGACUUGACACUCGCACUUCUCGAUCAUCUUCCCACGUCAGCCAUUGCCGAAAUCGUCCAGCGAUUGAAUCCCCGGCUGUACAUUGAUUUCGUCCAAUAUCUUCCAGCCGAAAUUUGUCUCAAAGUAUUGGGGUAUCUGGAUCCCAUUUCACUAGUCGGCGUCUCCCAAACAUGUCGCGCCUGGUACGAAUUGGCGUUGGAUCGGAAACUGUGGGAGAGGCUAUAUCACCUUGAGGGUUGGAAGGCGGUGCCGAACGACAUUGAAUUAUGCGAAGGGAAAGUCAACGCCGGUCUAACGAGCUCUAUUGGUCACUUGCAUCGCAUCCAGAAUGCGGAUGGCCAGACUAACAAGAUUCGUGCCAUACUGAAUGAAGACGAGGACCAGGAAAUGACAGGGACCGCUCGAAGCCAGAACAUCGUCCAAGAACCAAUGGGCAUCGCGAGCAGCAGCAUUUUUGGGACUCCAGGCUCAUCAUUUGUCUCCAAUCGGCUCGUCGUGUCACCCACAGGCGGAGAUGUCGACAUGGAUAUCAGGUUUGCCUCAAACUCGUCGGCUUACAAGGGGAAAGGAGUAGAUCGGAGUUUUGGCUCGUCAGACGUUGUCCGCGUGAAGCGAAAGGAGCCGGGUGGGACGCCAGAACCCUCUUUACCUCCUAUCUUGCCGAAAGAUCACCCAAGCGCUUCAAUACGAUCAACGCUGUGGGCCUGGGAUAUCAAUAGCUCGAGGUAUCGCAUUAACUGGAAAUAUCUUUACAACAUGCGACGACGACUCGAGUCCAACUGGGAACUUGGCAAGUACACGACUUUUCAGCUGCCACAUCCCCAUCACCCUGAAGAGGGACAUCAAGAAUGCGUUUAUACGCUCCAGUUCGACGCAGACUAUUUAGUGAGCGGCAGCAGAGAUCAGACGAUGCGUGUUUGGAACGUGCGAACACGCCGACUAGUUCGACCACCGCUAGUCGGACACAAUGGUUCGGUCUUGUGUCUCCAGUUUGACGCUGACCCCUCCGAGGAUAUCAUUGUUUCGGGCAGCAGCGACUCAAAUGUCUUCAUCUGGAAAUUCUCAACUGGCGAGCUUAUCCAACAAAUUACCAAGGCGCAUCGCGAGUCAGUUUUGAAUGUUCGCUUCGACAAGCGGAUUCUUGUCACGUCAUCAAAAGACAAGACAAUCAAAAUCUUUAACAGGAGACCUCUGCGCUUUGGAGACCUAGGAUAUGGCUCAAGCGAGUUGGCAUUCAGUGCCGUCGGGAAGACUAUCAAGCCAUACGGCUAUGAACCGGAUUUGGCCCAGGAGCUACCUGUUAAGGAACCGUACACCAUGAUUGGCCGUCUGGAAGGACAUGGUGCCGCCGUCAAUGCCAUUCAGGUCAGAGGUCGCACCAUUGUGUCUGUGUCCGGAGACAGACACAUCAAGGUUUGGGAUUGGCCAGACCAGGUGUGCACACAAACCAUUCCCGCCCACGAUAAAGGCAUUGCCUGCGUCGAGUUUGAUGGACGACGAAUCGUCAGUGGCAGCAGUGACUAUGAGGUCUGCAUUUUCGACGCGCCCACCGGUUUGAAGGUUGCGCAGUUACGUGGCCACGCACACUUGGUCAGAACUGUUCAGGCUGGCUUUGGUGAUCUGCCAUACAGCCAGGUUGAAGAUGAGGCAGAAGCCAAAACUGUGGAUGCCGAGUACUUCAAAGCUGUUGAGGCUGGAGAAGUGGCCCGUGACGGCGAAAGACGGAAUCGAAGGACAAGGCGAGUGAACGCAGGAAGCUCUAGGCCAGCCGAUGUGCAGGCGUUCGGGGCCAAGGUGCCACCUGGAGGAGGCGGCGGUCGAAAGUAUGGACGGAUUGUUUCUGGCUCAUACGAUCAAAGCAUUAUUAUCUGGAGACGGGACAAGGAGGGUGUCUGGAAACCGGCUCAUCAUCUUCGCCAGGAAGAGGCGGCAGCUGCAGCGCAAAGAAAUACGGCCCUGGCGAUACCACCACAAUCCAUUCUACAACCGACUUUUCCAAGUCAAGCACAGGCGAGCCUCCCAAUGCACCCAUCUGCCGUGCCCCCAACCAUGCCCAUUCCUGCCUCUAGCAGCAGACCUCCGGCCCCGGAUGACGUGAGCCAGACCAGCGUUGAUCCCAAAGUCCAGGGGAACUCGAGACUCUACAUGAACUUGAUUGACCAAGUCGUCCCCCUCGGUGCCCGAGCAUUGGAGCAGACAUUGGCCAACUAUCCAACCAUGCUUGGCCACCACAACUACCUGCAGUCCGUCAUUGAGCGCGAGCCGUCACCACUGGUCCGCACACAGCUUCGACAGGCCAUCACAGCCGCGUUAGUCUCCUUUCAAACCGGGCAACAAUCGACAAGACAACGCCCAGCCAGCACCUUGAAUCCAGCCUUAACAGCGCCGCCUGCUGCCGCUGGUCCUGCUGUUGCGGGCCCCAGCAAUCUCCCCGGAACGUCGGCAGCAUACCAGCCUGCAGAUAUCUCUACCCCCAGACCAACACAGGCCAUCGCUAUACCGUCUCUGGCUGCGACACUCGCUGCUCCGGAUGUGUUCAUGGCAACGGGUGCUACGCCGAUGCCAAUUCCUCUGCCGACCCCUACGCCUGCACCAGCUCAGCCAGCUCAAGCACCCGCGCAACACGGUGCACCUCCGCCGGCGCAUCAUCACCCGCACAUUACCGGGGCAGAAAACGCACCAGCUCGUGUAUUCAAGCUCCAGUUCGACGCUCGAAAGAUUGUGUGCUGUAGCCAAGCGCCGGUCAUUGUGGGCUGGGACUUUUGUAACGGAGAUAGCGAGCUCGAGGAGACUGCUCGUUUCUUUGCUACUGUGGAUUAG